AUGGUGGCGGAGGCGAGCGCCGCCUCAAGGGAAGAGGCGGAGCUUGGCGCGAUCAUCGAUGCGCUGGCUAUUGCUCCCUCAUCGACGGAGUGGGCAAGGAUCACGCGGGUGCUCGAUUCCGAUCUAUUCGUUUCGUUUGUAGCGCUUUUGACAGCUCUGAACGCCCACGCACUCGUACGAGUGGUGCGUGCGCAGCCUGCGCGAGCUGGUCCCGCUACUUUGCGCGCGCCAUUUGCACUGAAAACUCGACCGCAGUUCCGUGCCACAGUGGCCGCGGAGCUUGCGUCCAUCGCUGAUGCUGAAACUGUCUCAAGAAGUCAGAGCGAUAAAAUCGCUGCCGGAAAUGUGCCGCUGAGGAGGGGCAGUGCUGUUGAUCCCCAAGCGCAAACUCUUCAGUGCCGGCAGCACGCGCAUCAUUAUGAUGUUGGCGUAACAGGCGACCGGGCACCGAGCGCGCGUGACGCAAUAAAGCUGGCUCUUUUCAAGUCUCUCGAUGUCUUGCAAGAUUAUGCAGUGGAUGAGUGGCGAGAAGCCGGCCGAGAAGGUGCGCUGCUGUUGAAUGAGUUGGCAUGCGGGGGCUGCUGCACGAGUGAAAUGGACGUUCGCGUUCUGAAUUGGGCUUUGCGCUACGGAAGCGUCUCCCUGGGUUCGUCAUGCACUGCUGUUGCUGCAGACGUGGUCUUGCGCUUUCGGUGCGUUGCAGGUUCUGACAGCAUUAGCGUCACUACGACGCCUGUGGAGCGCGCACCCAAGGAAAGCCAUACUAGGCCCAGUUGUGUACCACUAGGAAGUGUUAAAGAGAGCGGCUUCGUGGUUGCGAGCUCAGCUCCUUCAGGAGAAGCCGCUGGCCUGGUGGUGUCCGACGAAAUCUGUUUGCCCUUUCCGAUUUCAGCGGUCACGAUCCGGCGCCCUUUUGUCGAUGAAGACGCUUGCAGAAGCAGACCGGCACUCAAGGAGCUGCGAUGGCCGCGCCAAUGCAUGACUGGUGCUACUCUGCUGCUUUUGGCGGCUGCUAAAGCGUCGCUGUACCGCAGUGCCACGUCCACGUGCAGCGCCUUGAUGUUGGACUCCAACGCUGUCCUUGAAGGGGUGUCCACUGCCUCAGUGCGCUGCAAGUCACCAGUCGCGUCGGCGUUCGAGUGGCCUCGCGCACCAUUCUUUUCCACCUUUUGUGACUCUGCAGCGCUGCAGCGGGGGCUCUUCUCACAUGGUGAGUCAUGGGGCGUAGAAUCGAAUACUGCGCAAGAUACCACUGAUUUGCUAGCCCAAAAUCAGUGGCACUGCCCCGACGUGGUCGCGAUGAUCGCUUUUAUGCGUGCAGCUCUCCGUCUUCCCUUGCGAAGCUAUCCAAAAAUCACGUUCGAACAAACAGCGUUGCAUGAUCCGGCGCGCCGUAUGCAGGAGCUUGCUCAGGGUCUGUACGGGGAUGUGGACGUUUUGACAAGGGUGCAUGUGUGCUGGGAGACCCCUCGGGACUGCUUCGUAGCAUGUGCCGUGAGUGACCCUGUGCUGCAUCACCGGAAUGCGAUUCAGUCCGGCUCCGAGGCAUCAUCUCGUGCAUGGCUCUCGUGCGCAGAUACCGGUUACCCUCGCGGUCCUCUUCUCCUCUUGGUUGCUGCUGUCUGCUCCUUGUACGACCAGGUCGUUAGCCGUGUCGCCACUGCCGCUGCAGAGUGCUAUCCAAUGGUCCCUGUAAAGAAUUCCUUUGCGAGAGGCGGGCUGGACUUCCUCCUUUUUUCGUGGUUUGAGGCGUCGCCGCAGGUGCGCUGCUUCACCAUCGGCACCACUCCACCAAGCUAUGCGCAGCAGCCGAGGUCGGAGGCGACCCCGCUUCUCGACGGGUCGACACACCAUGAGCUUGGCCCUUCAAUGACGCGCGCGAUGCUCUUCUACGACGUACUGGGGCAACGCGUGCUGUUUGCGGAAACGCACGCCACCAACGCAGUGGACGCUGUGGCGCGCAUGGAUUUUCUCUCGGUGGAGCAGAAUUUUCCUAGGCAAGACUUGUACGCACCACCCUCUAUGGUGGCGCAGCGGCCAUUUCGGUCGGUGUCACGGCAGUGCCGGUGGCAGCGCUUCCGUCAGCUGCUGGAGCGCUCCUUGCAGCGGAGCAUCGCAGCCGCCGACGUCACGGGGGCCGACCACUUAGCGAGGACUAACCAAUGCGCAGGACAUCAGACGCACGACCGAACGGUGGUGGCCGCAGCUGUGCGCGCGUGCAUCGGGGCUUGCGCGUCAGAGGCAGGCGCGUUAUGGACGGUGUUGCAGGUUGUUGCGAAAGUCGCUGCAACGCGUGCGGGCGCCGGUGCGGAGGGCGGCGGCAUCAACGGUGAAAGGGGUGUAUAUGCCCGUCAGCUUCUGUCUGCGCGCCUCUUGGAAGACUCUGGUCCGACUGCUGAGCCGUUUGCAGGAGAGGCGGGCAGUGAAGCAGAUCGAGGGUGGUGGACUGGCGGCCACGACGUCACGUGGAACUGCCGACCUCUAGGCAAAGAGGCAGCCCCGCCUCGUGCAGGUGUGAUGGAGGCGCAACUGUGCAUGGGAGCUUCGCUCGGCGCUGCUGCCAUGACCGAUGGGAAGCAGGCGGCGGUGGCGAGUGUGGAAGUCAUUAUCUUGCGGUGCCGCGUAGACGCGGUGCGAAGCAGCGCGAGCGAGGUGACCGAGGCCGAGUGGUUGUGCGAGAAACGCGUGACUGAGCCCCCCUCGCUUUGCUGCUUCGGCACCGUCACCUUAACGACUGCACAGGCGGUCUCAGGCAUCUUUCCUGCUCUGGCGUUGCUGUGUCGCCGGGCACUUGAGUACAUCUAUUCGGAAGCCCGCUACGCACCGCUAGUGUCGAUCCUCCCACCCAUGAGCGACGUUCUUGCGUGGUGCGCAGCAGCGGCACCCAUGUUUGCCGGCACAGGUAGCGGCUACCUUCCAUACGAGCCGCGCUUCUACGCGGCUCCCAAGCUGCUGGGUGAGCUGCUGCAAGGUGCUGCGGGGAAGUACAGGUGCAGCUACAGCAUUCCACCCCCGCGUGACCGUGUCACGAGUGCUGCAUCUGGUACUGACUGGGGCGAGGGGUGCGCAGAGGUGGAGAGGGAGAGAGGAGAGGCAGCGCAGCCGUCGACGAUUUUUUACACCUCAAAGCCCAUUCACGUAGAUACGGCAGCCAACGAGUACGCAACACGGGGGCAGCACGGCAGUCGCCUCGCCAAACCACCUGCCGUGGCAUGCACGCUUUACCUUGAGAGCCUGAUGGGGAAUGGGGCGUCUCCAUCAGCGCCUGCUGUCUCGCCGAUGUGCCCUGCUCCGGUGGCGAUUCCGUUUGUUCUGGGACAUGGCGUGGGCCGGACGAAGCGGGAGGCAUGGCGAUCAGCUGCUUGGCAGGCAGUGCGCCUCCAGUUUCCUGCUGUGUUGGCACAGCUGGAGGCGUACCGCGAUGUGUCGGAGUUGUUGCAGCGGCCAGCGCAGCUGAACCAGCUUGUGCGCAGCAGCGGACUGGAUCGGAACAGCGUCUGGGGUGGAGUUGCUCCUGUUGUUUACAAGCUGAACUUUGACUGCUCGGUGCUCUUCCCUUCCUCCGUAAGAAAUGCAGCGACAGAGGUGGCCGCUUCUGCGUCAGUUCAGGCAGUGCGCCGGUCGCAGUGCGGGGUGACAGCCGUAAGGACAGACGGCUCCAAGCUGUGCGUCGUCCCCGGCUGCACAGCCACUGCUGCCUCUUCAGGUGAGGCCUACACAACCGCCGUCGCCAUCGUUCUCCGUGCGGUGCGUGGUGCUGCGCAGGAGGCGGCAGCACACAUGACAGGAGCCACCAUGGGGACCACAGCGAGUCGGACGGCAUGGGCAGCUCUGUCGCCCUCGUCUCCCGGCUCUGUUAGCGGCGCGGCCUGCAGCCCGGACUUGGGCCCCUACGCGGCGUGGCGUGACACGACGCACAAUGGGAAGAGCAUCUGGCACGCCUACGCGGGGGCGCUGAGUGCUUACCUCGACAGUGAUGUAGUGGUUCAUCUCGUCGCCGCAGAGGAUGCCAGCGUCGACGAGUUGGGCUCGCUGUCGCGUGGGGUGGGAAGCGGGAGGAGGCUCAGCCGCCGGGUGAUGCUGUCGAGGGUGCAGGUGCGCAUGCGCGACGGGCGUAGUGGAGCAGCUACCGCGGCUGGUAACGUUCCCCUCGGUUUCGCCGACCAGCAACCUUGGGCAUCUCGCAGGAUCACCUCCUUUGGGGCAUUCUCUGUUGCUGCAGGUAGCGGUGCCGUCGACGCCAGUGUCGGUGGCGGUGCGGACGGUAUCCUGCUUGAAUGCACGGCUGCUUCUCUCUUUGCUCGUCGCUGGUCGCCGCUUGGCACCGGGGCGAGCGGCACGCGUGUUGGUGCGGUCGCUGCAGCGGCACCACCACUCACUGAGCACCCUUCCCGCCUUCUGCAGGAGAUCACCCGGUGGCUCAGUGACAUAACACAGCAGUGUGGGCUGCCGCUUAAGGUGCGUGAGGAGCUGCGAGGACUCUUGUGCGCGCGCGCCUGUGACUUGGCGCGCAUUCAAGACAGCUAUCGAUCGACGCCUGCGGAACGGGUGGAGGCGUUGUUGAUGCGGUGGGUGGGGCGCCGCGCACAGGUGCGCAUUCGCCGCAUAAACUCCAGUGUGGUCGCGUAUCCGUCUUUGGCGAAUCAGAUGGUGUGGGUGGCGGAGGCUUUAGUAGAGAUUCAAGCGGAGCGCCGGUGUCCAGGCUCGCGAUCUUCUUCGCACGCUGGCUUAUCUCUGGAUGGCAACGCUCUACCACUGCUAGAGCAAGACGGUGAACUCAAGUCAUGUGCAGGCACAAGGGAACGUCUUGAUCGUCCUUGGGUGGCGGCGCGCGCUGUCGGCGCCACGGGCAACGAGGCCGCCUGGCAGCUAUAUCGACACGUUUGCAAUGCGCUCCGCGAUUUGGUGGCAACGGAGCCGUCCCCACGAUCCGUGGAGAAGCAGCGGCGGCAAUGA